AUGGUUACAGCCACAGAAUGGCUUUAUAGAAAUCCCUCGUAUAAAGAUAACUUUUAUGCAGACAGAGGGAAACUGUUUUGUCAGUUUUGUCAAAUCACUGUGAAUCAUGAAAAAAAAUCUGUAAUAGAUAAACAUUUGAAAUCAUCUACCCAUGAAUCAAAAAAAAACUCUGCACUUAAGAAACCUCAAAAAACUCCUAUUCAACAUGCAAUUACCACUUUUAAUAAGCCUUAUGAUGAAAAAGAACAAUUU